UGUGCGACAGGCCUCAGCGCACAGUCACAGCAGCUCUGCAGGCACAAACUGGAAAUGGGUGAGUCGCUGCUGAGGGCCAUGGUAUCAAAGUCUUUGAACAGUAAUUUACGGACUUGAAUAACGCCGUUAAAGACCCUCGGCACGUGUCUCCUGCAGAGUUACAGUCCUUGCAAGAGUGCGUCUUUGACCGAGUGGCGUUGUUGGCUCUAAAGCUAACAGGCUAAUGUUAGCUAGCGGAGGCCCAGCAAAGAGUUGACUACAUUGUUUUUGUCAGCGACGCCAGUUAAACAGCUAAUGAGGCGGAUGAAUUUGGUGCCACUUCACUCAAAUAUAUCUCAGCAACAAAACUCGCACAAGUAAUCCAGUUAGUUUUGACAUUUUUUAGUAGCGCCCUGAACGUUAGCAUACCCCGUUACCACUAGCUAACUGAAUUAAAGCUAGCUGACUACAUUAAAAUUAUGACUUCCAGGAGGACAGGCUAUGCUGGCAGCAUGGAUUCCUCUCCUUCAAAUAGUGGCAACAGCUCAGUCCACAGUGGAAACCGUAAACAAAGUAUAAUCAACAUCCCGGAGAGGACCGGGGUCGAGUCCUGCUACGAUCGGAAAGCAGACAAGGGUGCAUACGGAGCCUCGCAGGGCAGCAUGACCGUAACGUCGCUGAAAUCACGCCUCGCCCCGACUAUUCAGACUGCCAUGUCCGCUGCUGUUGACACUCUCCUGGGCGAAGUGGUGCUUGUGCUCAAUGAGACUCAGCAGGAGUUGCUACACAAGGAACAAGAGAAUGAAAGACUCAAAGUGCGCCUGGAGGUGUCAGAGAGGGAGCUGAAGACACUGCAGGAGUGUCUGUGUAGUGCUCAGAAGCUCAUAGACCAGCUGCAGAUCUCAUACACAGGCCCACAGUCCAUCAGUCAGUCUGUUUUCGCCCCAUCGCUGUCUUCCAUGGCUUCAAUGACUUCAGGCUUGGACCGGGACCACCAGAACGCCAGGAAUGUGAAUGGAGCCGGCGUGGACUUGGGUCUCGGAGGCUCUGUGGAUGAUUCGCUGCAUGGGUUUGAGCCGAGGGAUGACUACAAAAUGUGCCAGCUUUCAAUCCAGCCAGAUGGCUCUGUGACUAACCACGCUCUGGACUCCUUUGCUUCCAACACAUCUCACAUGUGUUCCGAUUCUAGCAGACCAGACGAGAGGCAGUCUCAGGGACCAGGGGGACCUUCCAGGUUUGAGAUUAAAGAGGAGCAGGGACCAACCUCAGGCUCCGGUCAGCCCACCAGGAAGGAUCCUGGGUUGCGUAACGACAACAGAGUCGGGGACAGUGACCUUGGCUAUGUUCAAGUUGGAGGGGAAGGAGGUUCCCAGCGCUCCUUUACUCAGCCCCUGCGUCACCAAAGACCUGUGCGAGAAUGCAAUGAUGCCUUGCAGCAGGGCGGACUUGAUGGACAGAAACAGUUGGCUCGGACUUCUGCAGCUGGGAGAGUAGACAGUGUUUCACCAGGCAGGGCAGAGGACUCUGCAGGACCUUCGGCCUCUGACACAGCAGGGGAGCCCUCUGGUGAUCGGCCUCACCACUGCCUGGAGUGCGGAAAGACCUUCCGUCUGAUCUCCAGCCUGAAGAAGCACAUCCGCAUCCACACCGGAGAGAAGCCCUACCCGUGUGGAGUCUGCGGCCGUCGCUUCCGCGAGUCAGGUGCGCUUAAAACCCACCUGCGCAUACACACAGGCGAGAAACCGUACUCUUGUUCAGAGUGUGGAAACUGCUUCCGCCACUUGGACGGUUUGCGCAAACACAGGCGCACACACACCGGAGAGAAACCGUACGUGUGUGCCAUCUGUGGAAAGCGCCUGAGCCGCCUGCAGCACCUCAAACACCAUCAGCUCAUCCACACCGGAGAGAGACCGUGCUGCUGCCCCUUCUGCAACCGCAGCUUCAAGGAGCCCGCGGCGCUGCGGAAACACAUCCGCACGCAUCGGGAGGAAGGCGGUCACAUGGGGAUCGGAGCCAGUGAUGACACAGACCCAGAUGCCAUGGAUGAUAUUAACAACCUCCAUCCAGCAGCUCCGUCCCCUCAGAUGAGGUUUGGGGAGUGGGGAGCUGAGGAGGAUGACAGCUCGGUUGUGGACUGUGUGUAGGGGAUGAUCAAAGGAGUAACUGUCAGUUGUUAUCAUGACACCUACUCCAGCUGCAACACAUGGGAUGAGGUGUUUGUGUAGUUUGUAGACAUGAUGGAUAGGUCAUCUCUGUUCCAUGCUGGUGAAAUGAAUGAGGCUACUUAUAACCCUAGCCUUGGAGUGUCUGGCAUUUUCAUGUUUUACAUUCUGAGAUGUAAAAAUAACAUUUUAAAUAUCCACUGUACAUUCUUCAACAGCAAGUUGGUUUUUGUUUUUUUGUCCGGACAUUCAUCAAGCAACAGCAGCAGUAGCGCACAGGUUGUUCUUGGCACAGGAAGUUGCUGGUUUGCUACCUUCCCGGCAGCAAUUUGGGAAAUUUAUGGCAGAAGUGGAAAAGAGCUGUUUCCUCACUUUAAAAAUAUAAGUGCCUUGAACACUCACUCACUCAUCAGCUGAGUCACUACUGCUGCUGCUGCUGUUCAAGACACUUCCCACUUGGAUUAUAAUCAAGACAAACUUUAUGUUACGUUACUGAUCACAAGCUUUUUGUAGUUUCACACAUUAGUGAGAUUUUCUGUUGCAUUAUUUUCAGUUACUUAUUAGGCGUGCUUUUGCCAAAACACUGAGCUGCUCAAGUAGAUAGAAAUGGAUCCAGAGAGCUGGUUCAUGCUUCAUGUGGGGACAGAUCAUGUGCAUGAUGUAGCAGGGCAUUACUGACUCAUCCAAAUAUCAGAGUAUAUUUUUUUCAAGGCUUUGAUUUUGUGCUUUUACACAACAUUUAUUAACUUAAAUAAAAUGUCAGUUAGUGUGUGGAUGCAUGGUCAUCUUUAUUUCACUCAGCUGCAACAGCUGAUUAAACUGUCAAAAAGUUUUAGCUUUUUCACUCAAAUGCAUCAUUUUAAAGAUAAUUUUUCAGCCUUCUUGCCUUUAUUUGAUAGGACAGUUUAAGAUAGAGAGAAAGGACGACUCGCUGCGGUAAGGACUCUGCCUUUUGUACAUGGUGUACUCACUUUAUUAAUGAGAUACAGGUUGCCCCCUUUAAUGCGUCUUUCAAGAGCCGGAAAAAAAAAACCUUCUAAAUAAUAGCAAAUUUAACCAAAACCCAAAAUAAUAUCCGUCUCCCAUCAUAAUAAUUGAUGUUAUACUGACUCCCAGCUCUACCUCAGUACUCAUCCUCACUGCUGUGCUGUAUGUAGUUAUUGCAGCACUUUUAUCUUGUCUGAUUCAAGAUUUUAAAGAUUAUUUUUGUUGAAGUGGAAAGAGGGAGAGAAAGAGGGGAUGACGUGCAGCAAAGGGCUGUGGGCUGGCAUUGAACCCAAGGCCACUGCAGCAAGGACAUAGCCUCUGGGAGGCCUGCUCCGCCCCCUGAGCUAUUGGGCACUCAUGAUUCAAGAUUUUGCUGGUGCAUAAUUGGGCAGUCACAAACUAAAAGAGUUUAUCUGUUCACUUAUAGUCCUCUGGUUCCUUCACCUUAUCGAUUAAGUUGAGAAAAUGAGUUGAAACUGUUGCUACAAGUGGAUCCAGUCACAUCAGAUAAUCUUGUACUUACUGGGGACCAAAGCACAUUUGUGAAAUUUAUUGUCAUACCACAGAUGUCAUCAAUGUUUUCUGUGGUUUAUGACUACAAGAAUACCAUUCCUACCGCAGUCAUCAGAUUUCUGAGGGUAGCGUGGCUGUGCAGUCUACCCUGAGGAGGCCAUUUCUAAGAUAAAACGCUAAGAUAACAUCUGCACUUGUGUGUGUGCGUCUUCAUGAAGCAUGAACCAGUUUCACACUUUAAUCAGCAGCGACCCGUUCUGAAGCCUGACUCCACUCUUGUCUUAUCUCUUCCUGUCUCUCUGCGGAGCCCUCAUCAGUUACACAAUCACAAUGUUUUCAGUGAAGUGGAAGUUAUCUGUGGCAAGAAUAUCUGAAGAUAUCCAAACAUGCAUUUAUGUGUUUGGAUACUUGAUGAGGGCGCAGUCAGUCGGCAUCAGCAUGCAGCCAGAUCAACAGCUUCAACACUACUUUAAUGUUACACAAGUCUUGAUUAUUAUCUCUCUCUCAUGUGGACCAUAUCUUAGCAUUCCGUUUUUUUCCGUUUAAGCUGCUACUGUCGGUCUAGAAAGCCUUUCUUUUUCUGGACUUGUAUUAUUGUAACCAGCCAGUCACUAGCAAAUCCUAGCGGACAGAUUUUGGUGCUUGCAUGUGCAUAUCUGCUCCUCUGCUGGCGUUGACGCUGUACAUAAGAAUGUAGUUUUAGGCGUUUUAUCUGGAUUAAUGAGGGUUUAACAUUUGUGGAAAAGUUCAUGUCACUUUUUAAAGAAAAAAAAAAAAAGUAACGUGCUUUGAAAACAGUAUGCUAACAUGCAGUGUAAUUAUAUAUACUCUUAUUAAAACUCUCCCUGAUGUUCUUCCUGACGUGACACUGCUUCAGGGUUGACAGCAGAGCAUUAAUCUUCUCAGCCUCUCGAGCUAUUCUGUAGGUCUCUGGUGUCAUUUACCAUGUAUACUGCUAUAACGAUCGCCAUGUAACUAUUCUAUGUACAUUUACAAGUGUGAGUCAUUUUAAAAGGCACUCAAGAUGUUAAAUAUCUGUUACUGUAUACCCAGAAUAUGAUUUGCCAAGGUAGACUUGACCCCAGAUAAUCAUAUUUAUUGUUUUUUGUAUGACAUACAGAUGGGGGCUUUGCAUGUAACUGAAAUGGCAUUUCUUCCUAAAAAAAGUCAGUGUUAAAUGUGAAAUGAAUAACUUUUUUAUGCAUCUGUGUCCAACAUAUACCCCCCACAUCACAUUCAUCCUGUUACCUGCUGUAAAUGUUACUAUAUUAAAGGGCCUUCUU